AAAGGGAGGGUUUAAGGCUGAGCAGGUUUAUGCACCUGCUAUGACGUGCUUAUCCACUCCAGCCAGUUAACCCAUAUUCCGAGGCAGCAAGUCCAGGAAUCGCGAAAAGAAGAGUUCCCCCUCUUGUUACUGCAAUGAUGUAGAUAGGCGAAAAGGCGGGGGAUUUAUGUUUUUUCAGAAACAGAUUUCAGUGAACCUUCAAGGCCUAGAGCUCUUUUCCACUGAAGUAAGUCUGACGUUGGUAUAAAGAAGACGACCGGAGCCCUUUGGCUAUUUUUUCGCCUGGCAAUUAUUAAAGGAAGUGAACUUCAGCGUCGAGCUGCGGCUGCUGUCUGUCUGCGGGGAGGGAUUCGGUCGCUGGGAUGACUCCGUUCUUCCUCCUCACCGGCUUCGCAUAAAAACCUACAAAAUAAUUAAAAAAAAAACACCGCCAAGGAAUGGCUGUAUUGAACAUGUAUUUUACGACAAGGGUGGAAGGAAAAUCACCAUCAUUGGAGCUACACACGGCUGCUUCGGCCUAAUGAAACGUUUCCCAAUUAUACCCUGCUGCAGUGAUCUUAGAUGUGCCACAAUCACACUUAAAACCUCAAAUCCCUGCAGGAUUGGGAUAUCAUGACAAUUUAAAGAAGCUGCAGAAUUUAGAAAAAAGAGUCAGCACAAGAUCCACUGCAAGUCAUGCACAACCCUGCUCCAGAAGCUGUGGCAGCCUAUCCUGGUGGAAGUGGGGUGGACAAGGAUGCCAACCAGGAGACAACCUUGGGGAGCGCCUACUCUCCGGUGGACUACAUGAGCAUCACCAGCUUCCCCCGGCUGCCGGAGGAUGAUGUGACGUCUGGAGAAAACACCCUGAAAUCCCGCAAAGAUGAUGACAACGUCCUGAGCGAGCAAGACACAGACCCAGAUCUGUUUCUGAAGUCGGCUCGCCUGCAGCGUCUCCCGUCCUCAGCCUCAGACUUGGCCGGCCACGAGGUCGCCUCGCUGCGGGAGACCACCGUCGACCCUUUCACAGAGGACUGCGCCUGUCAGCGGGACGGGCUGACGGUCAUAAUCACGGCCUGUCUCACCUUCGCUACCGGGGUCACUGUUGCCCUCAUCAUGCAGAUCUACUUUGGCGAUCCACAGGUCUUUAACCAGGGAGCGGUGGUGACAGAUGUAGCUCAGUGUACGUCUCUGGGGUUUGAGGUUUUGGGGAAGCAAGGGUCCAGUGUGGAUGCUGCCAUCGCUGCUGCUCUCUGUUUGGGAAUUGUACACCCUCACACCUCUGGCAUUGGAGGCGGUGGCGUUAUGUUGGUGCACAACAUUCGUAAGAAUGAGACCAGAGUGAUUGACUUCAGAGAGACGGCACCAUCUGCCAUUGAGGAGAACAUGCUGCUCGCAAACCUCGACCUUAAAGCAGGGUUGCUAGUGGGAGUCCCAGGGAUGCUCAGUGGGAUGCAUCAGGCUCACCAGCUCUACGGCAGGAUACCAUGGAAAGAUGUUGUUUCCAUGGCAGCAGAUGUAGCCAGAAAUGGAUUCAACGUUACUCACGAUCUGGCGGAAGCUGUGAAUAAAGUGAAGAAUAAGAACGUGUCCGAUGAAUUUCGGGAUUUGUUCCUCCCCAACGGUCAGGCUCCACUUUCCGGACAGUUCACCCGACGCCUUGAUUUAGCAGACAUUUUGGACGCGGUUGCAGACAAAGGAAUAUCAGAGUUCUACAAUGGGAAGCUGGCACAGGACAUGGUGGCUGCAGUGAAAGCAAAAGACGGCGUGCUGACGGAGGAAGACUUUGGAAACUACAGCACUGUCAUACAACAGCCAGUGGAAAUAACCUAUCAAGGACAUCAUAUCAUGGCCGCCCCAGCCCCACAUGCAGGUGUUGGAUUGAUCACUGCACUCAAUAUUCUUGAAGGCUACAACAUUACCAACCAAGUGCCCAGAAGUAGCACCUACCACUGGAUUGCAGAGGCUGUGAAGAUAGCAUUGGCCCUUUCUAGUGGGCUGGGAGACCCUAUGUUUAACAAUUCGGUCUCAGAGAUUGUUGAUAAGAUGCUGAGUAAACCAGAGGCUUCCCAGCUCCGAGAGAUGAUCAACGACUCCCAAGCUUUCUCUGUCAACCAUUACUCUUCAUCAUUUCCAAUGAAGGACGGUGCAGCAGCCGCACAGGUCAUGGUUAUGGGCCCAGAUGACCACAUUGUUUCAGUCGUCAGCUCGCUAAAUAAACCAUUCGGCAGCAGGAUAGUGACUUCGUCAGGUAUUCUUCUAAAUAGCCAGAUCCUGGAUUUUUCGUGGCCUAAUGAAACACUGAGUUCAUCACCUAACCCUCAUAACCUCAUUGAGGCUAGAAAAAGACCCAUGUCCUUCCUGAUGCCCACAGCGGUGAGGCCGGCCGUGGGAUUGUGCGGCACAUAUGUGGCCGUUGGAUCCUCCAACGGAGAGAAGGCCCUCAGCGGCAUCACACAGGUACUUAUGAAUGUUCUCUCUUUGCGCAAAAAUAUGAGUGACAGUUUAGCGUACGGCAGACUCCACCCACAGCUGGAGGACAACAUACUCCUGGUGGACGCUGAGUUUUUAAAGGACGAUGUGGAGCUGCUGGAGGCAAAAGGGCACAAUGUCGAAUGGAGGGACGUUCUUUCGUUGGUGGAGGGAACACGGAGAACCAAUGAUCUCAUCAUCGGGGUGAAAGAUCCCCGCAGCGCUGAUGCCUCCGCCCUCACUAUGUCCAACAUGCCUUAGUGCAUUACUUCUUCCUUACUGCAACAGUAAGAGCAAGUGGUUUUUAAUGAGGAAGAAAGGAGGCUGCUUAAUAAAUAAAACAACAAGCUAAUUCGCUCUGCAAUCAUCUAACUGGGGAAACACAUGCAAGUUUCCCAGAACUAACAUGGUACAAAUCUGACCCUCUUUUAGAAUAUUAAAUUGAAAAGUAGAUCCACUUUAAUGUUGAUUAUAGCGCACCUACUUUCUCAACCUCAAGGACCGUCCUAGCACAGUGUACACCCAUCCCAGAAAUGGCUUAAAAGUCAGCUGCUUGUAUUAUACACAGUAAUGUAGUUCAUUAUUGAAUCAAAGUGAAACAGAAGCAUGAGCGGUUGGUGAAGUUAUUUGUCCAAAGGUGGCGAAAUGGGAACUAUUUUUUUUUUUUACUACUUAAGUUCCCGUGUUUUGCACUAGAAAUGGCUUUCAGGAAUUAUGAGUGAAAUUCCUUUGGAAAAAUAAUCAGUUUGUUGCAGGCACUCGUUUGAAAAAGUCAUCAUUUAUAACAUAUUUGAAUCACCUUUGCUUACUUUGUGAUUGCAUUUCACAUAAGCACCAAGAGCUUAGUGGAAACGUUUACACCUGUUACAAAUCCUUGCUGCACCUCACCUGAGAAGGAGCGUCUCAGACUAAACUAACAAGCUCCCCUGCUCUUUCUAUGGCAUGUAAGUGUGAUUCAAUGUUACUUGGUAAAGCUGCUGGAACUGGAACUGUUGCUUUGUCUUUUUGGGACCAUGCUACAUAUUAGAGUGCACCCGGAACGUAUUCAGAUAACUUCACUUUCUCUACUCUUUGUUAUGUUACAUCCUUAUUCCAAAAUUGUGUCAAUUUAAUCUCUUUCCUCAAAAUCCUACACACACCCCAUUAUGGUAGUGUCACAUUUACUGAAGUAUUCACAGCAUUUGCUUAAUACUUUGUGAAUUCGCUUUUGGCAACGAUUACAGCCUAAAAUCAGUAUCUGCCUAUCUUUAGACAGUGGAGCUCAUUCUUUGCAGUUCUUCUCAAGCUCCAUCAUGUGGGAUGGGAGACGUCUGUGCAGUCAUUUUCAGAUCUCUGGAGAGAUAUUCAGUCUGAUUCAAGUCUGGAUUCAGACAAUUACUUUUUCUUUUUGGUUUUCUUUUUUUUUUUUAAAUGCAAAACUCUCAAAAACGUUUUUCUACAUUGUCAUAAUGGAAUAUUUGUGUGUAGAAUUUUGAGGAAAGAAAUACAUUUAAAACAAUUUGGAAUAAGGCUGUAACACAAUAAAAUGUGGGAAAAGGGAAGUGCUGUGAAUACUGCACGGAUGCACUAUGACACUGAUAGGUUGUUACAUCCAAUUUCAGACUAUUAUACAAUUUAAAUUCUGUUCUUUUCUCUUCUCUUUACCAAGAUAUUUUUAUGAAGUUCCACAGGUCUUAGAUAUCAGUAAGUGUUUGAUGAGUGCAAUUAAACUAAUCCUGUAGAAACUGAAUAUUUGCAUUUUCUUAAUUUGAAGGUUAUGUGGCUGGAUUCUUUCUAAAUAAUUUAAUGUGAUUUCUGUUUUUAAGGUAAUGUUUAUUUGACUGUAUACAUUAUUAUUAUGUUUAUAUAGUUUUAUUAACACGUACCAAUCAAUGCAAAUUAUUUGUGUACCGGUGCAAUUGUAUUAGAUUGUAUUAAAGGUCUGAGCAAAAUGUUUUUGCAUACUUUAUCAAUGAAAUAUAAAUGCCAAUCUCAAUUAGUUAGAUCAGUUUUGGUCUUUCAUCUUUUUUGGGUGCAGUGUGGUAGGCACACAUUUGCACAACUGAUGUCUGGGCAAACAGUUUGCAGCUAUCCGUCCAAACAAUAAAGAAUGUUUCACUAGU